AUGCCGAUGAGCGUCCAUAUAAUCACGCAAUACAUGAAGCGUAGGAAAUCAGUUCGUUGCCGGCAAAAGCAACAAUAUACAAAAAGGCGCAAAUGUCUUUCUAAAUUGCCUGUUUGUCCUGCUUCCCGGGACUAUGCUGAACCUGUUUCGGCUGGGCCUCUUUUGGCCGCUCCUGCGGCUGUUUGUCCUGCUUCCCGGGACUACGCUGAACCUGUUUCGGCUGCGCCUCUUUUGGCCGCUCCUGCGCCUGUUUGUCCUGCUUCCCGGGACUACGCUGAACUUAUUUCGGCUGCGCCUCUUUUGGCCGCUCCUGCGAUUGUUUGUCCUGCUUCCCGGGACUAUGCUGAACCUAUUUCGGCUGGGCCUCUUUUGGCCGCUCCUGCAGCUGUUUGUCCUGCUUCCCGGGACUACGCUGAACCUGUUUUGGCUGCGCCUUUUUUGGCCGCUCCUGCGACUGUCUGUCCUGCUUCCCGGGACUAUGCUGAACCUAUUUCGGCUGGGCCUCUUUUGGCCACUCCUGCGGCUGUUUGUCCUGCUCCCCGGAACUACGCUGAACCACUUUUGGCUGUGCCUCUUUUGGCCGCUCCUGCGGCUGUUUGUUCUGUUUCCCGGGACUACGCUGAACCAGUUUCGGCUGCGCCUCUUUUGGCCGCUCCUGUGGUUUUCCUUUCUUUCAAUUGUUGA